AUGUCAACUUCCUUCAAUGCUUCAACUCCUGCUCCAUCACAAAGGUUAUUAGGCAAAGUGGCUGUGGUCACCGGUGGAGCCUCCGGGAUUGGAGAAAGUAUCGUUCGCUUGUUCCAUUCCCACGGUGCUAAAGUCUGUAUAGCCGAUGUCCAAGACGACCUUGGACAGAAGCUCUGUGAUUCUUUCCAUGAUCCGGAAAAUGUUUAUUUUGUUCAUUGUGAUGUUGCGGUAGAGACUGAUGUUUCCGAUGCAAUAUACAUAACAGUUGGUAAGUUCGGUACUCUUGACAUCAUGGUUAACAAUGCUGGAAUUUCCGGAGCACCUUGUCCUGAUAUCCGCAACGUGGACAUGUCCGAAUUCGACAAAGUAUUUGACAUAAAUGUGAAAGGUGUUUUCCAUGGAAUGAAACAUGCUGCUCAUUUUCUGAUCCCAAAGAAAAGUGGCUCAAUAAUUUCUAUCUCAAGUGUUGCAAGCUCCUUAGGGGGACUAGGGCCUCAUGCAUAUACAGGUUCCAAGCAUGCUGUGUGGGGGAUAACAAAGAAUGUUGCUGCUGAAUUGGGGAACCAUGGAAUAAGAGUGAACUGUGUGUCGCCUUAUGGUGUUGCAACAGGUUUGGCUUUGGCUCAUUUGCCCGAGGACGAGAGAACCAAGGAUGCGAUGGAAGGCUUUCGUUCUUUCGUUGGGAAAAACGCAAACUUGCAGGGUGUAGAGUUAACUGCUGAUGACGUGGCUAAUGCUGUUCUUUUUCUUGCAAGUGAUGAUGCAAAGUAUAUAAGUGGAGAGAAUCUUAUGGUUGAUGGAGGGUUCACCCGAACAAAUCACUCACUCAAAGUUUUUCGAUGA